AUGGGUCGGAAGCACGGGGCUCUCACGUUCCGUCUGGUGCAGGUACUCUCGGGGCACGGUUGUUUCGGGGCGUAUCUGUGCCGGAUUGCGCGGCGAGAGCCCAGUGCGAGGUGCCACGAGUGUGGCCAUGCUGAGGACACGGCCCAGCACACGCUGGAGUUCUGUGGGCACUGGUCGGACCAGCGCGCCGCACUCGCGGCAGAAAUAGGGAGGGACCUCUCGCUGCCCGCUGUCGUCAACGCGAUGGUGGGUAGCGAGAGUUCCUGGAACGCUGUCGCCUCCUUUUGCGAGGAGGUGAUGGCGCUGAAGGAGGCGGCAGAACGAUGGCGAGAGGAGGACGCAGCCGCGGACCCUCUUCGCCGACGUCGCGAUGGACGCAGGCGGCAGGCGCACACCCGCCGUCUACCUCCUUAG